AUGCCUUCCGUGGCAGACAAACAGCCGUCGCUGGAAUCCCUUCAAUCACAUUUCCCUCUGACAUAUCCUGUGCCGAAUCCAGUAUCACACCCACACCUCAUAUCAGUCAAGGACUUGCACCGUGAAGAGGACCUCCUGCGAAAUCCAUCGUCGUUCCGAACAUGGUGGUCAGCUAUCAACGCUGUUCGCGAAGAAUUCAUCGCGCAACAAAAGCUGGAACGGUCUGUUGAAAUCCCCCCGGAGCUUAGCUCGCUACUUGGACCGUUGGCAACCCCAUUGGCGCGUAAUGCCUUGCAACGGUUAACAUAUCUCUACGAAGCCGCUCUCGUGAACUUCGGCGGUUCGUUCAAGCUAUGGAAGUCAUACUUGUCACUGCGUAUGUCGUUCGUACUGGGGAAGCCUGUGGUGAAGAAGAGGGCUGGUGGCAAGAAAAAGCUUCCGGAGAUGAAGGACGCGUUGCAAGAUGAGAAGGAGGAUCUAGAGGAAUGGGAAGGAGGAUUGGACGGUGUGGUUGGCUGGGAAGAGUGGAAAUCCCUGCUCGCGACCUUUGAGCGCGCACUAAUGUAUCUACCGAAGCUACCGCGUCUAUGGCUAAUGUAUAUCUCGAUAUUCAACCAUCCGAAAUGUCCCCCUCAAAUAUCACACACACACGCGAGACGAACGUACGAUCGUGCUCUACGUACACUCCCCCCUUCUCUCCAUGCACGAAUAUGGGUUCGGUACCUUCUGUGGGCAGAAGACAAGGGUGGGGCGACCACAGUAGCCAUCUACCGCCGAUACCUCGCCAUCGAUCCCUCCAUAACCGAACGCUUCACCACCCUCCUUUUGAACCCCGUUAGCUCAGCCCCGCGGCCGCUCGAAGCUGCAAAAUACCUUUUGUCUCUGGCUCGGAAGUCUGCGCGUGGGGAAUACACAAGUCCGGAAGGAAAGAGUCCGUAUCAGCUUCUUGGGGACUUUAUCGACGUAGUCGAAAAAUUCGCGGAGGACGUCGGCUUUGACGUUGAGGAAACCAUCGAGUCGAAUAAAGCAAUCAAAGAGGCUGAGCAAGCCGCUAAGGCCUCGGAAACAGAGCCAGAGCAGGCCUCGUCCGAUGGCAAGCUGAUACGAUUCGCGGGCCCCGCCAUUCCUGUCACUGCUGACGGAAAACCAGCGCCAGCCUACGACGAAGACGAGGACCCAAUGAGUCCAAGAAAACUCAACAUCGAACAUAUCAUACAGCGCGACGGUUUGCAUGUAUACAAAGACCAAGCUGGGCGACUGUGGACGGGCCUGGCGACCUACUGGAUCAAACGAGGCGAAUUCGACCGCGCAAAGGAGACCUUCGAAUUUGGGUUGAAGAGCGUUCUGACAAUUCGAGACUUCACUCAGAUAUUUGAGGCGUAUUCGGAGUUCUGCGAGUCCUUGAUGAGUGCCAUGAUGGAGAGCUUGGAGGAUGAAGAGGACGAAGCAGAAGCUGCCGAGACACAGCAGGAGCUAGACACCAAGAUGAAGGAAUUCGAAGAGCUAAUGGAUAGACGGCCCUUCUUGGUCAAUGAUGUCCUCAUACGGCGGAAUCCGAAUGAUGUGCAAGAAUGGGAGAAGAGGGUUGCUUUGUGGGGUGACGACGACCAAAAGGUGGCGGAGACGUACACCAAAGCCUUGGAAAGCAUCAACCCGAGAAAGGCGACAGCGAACUUCCACCACUUGUACAUCAACUUUGCGCGAUUCUACGAAGACGGCGGCACAACGAAGAGCGCGGAGCAGGAUCUAGACAGUGCCCGUAAGAUCUUAGAAAAGGCCACCAAGGUAAACUUCAAGGCUGUAGAAGAUCUCGCAGAAGUAUGGUGUGAAUGGUCUGAGAUGGAGCUUCGGAACGAGAAUUACGACGAAGCAAUUCGUGUUAUGCAGCGAGCAACUGCUAUACCGAAGAAUACCAAGAUCAACUAUCAUGAUCACACAUUGUCCGUCCAAACGCGAUUAUUCAAGUCCUUGAAACUUUGGUCCUUCUAUGUCGAUCUGGAGGAAUCGAUAGGGACUGUGGAAACCACAAAAAUGGUCUAUGACAAGAUCCUGGAGCUGAGGAUCGCUAACGCGCAAAUCAUCGUGAAUUACGCCGCCUUCUUGGAAGAGAAUAAAUACUUCGAAGAAAGCUUCAAGGUAUACGAACGUGGUGUAGAAUUGUUCACUUUUCCGGUCUCCUUUGAACUUUGGAAUAUCUAUCUCUCAAAGUUUAUCAAGCGAUACGGAGGUUCCAAACUUGAGCGUGCUCGAGAUCUUUUUGAACAGGCACUAGAGAAAUGUCCACCUAAAUCUUGCAAACCUCUGUUCCUCAUGUAUUCCAAGCUCGAGGAGGAUUACGGACUAGCUAAACGGGCUAUGUCGAUUCUUGAACGCGCCACUCAGGCCGUCUCUGACGAAGACAAGUUCGAGAUGUACUCAAUAUACAUUGCUAAGGCCACGGCCAACUACGGCUUGCCAGCCACUCGACCAAUAUAUGAGCGUGCUCUCGAAGUCCUCCCCGACCGUCAAACCGCAGAAAUGUGUCUCAGAUUCGCAGCCCUGGAGCGCAAGCUGGGUGAAAUCGACAGAGCCCGCGCUAUCUACGCUCACGCAUCCCAAUUCUGCGACCCGCGCGUCAACCCCAAGUUCUGGAGCGAGUGGAAUAGCUUCGAGAUCGAAACAGGGUCGGAAGAUACGUUUAGGGAGAUGCUGCGGAUUAAGCGCAGUGUCCAGGCGCAGUUCAACACUGAGGCUAGCUACCUUGCCGCACAAACCAUGGCUGCGAGGCAGGGUGCUGCCCAGACGGAGGAAGACGAAGAAGAGCAAGAUGCCAUGGCUGCUGCUGAGAAGCAAGCUGGUGCUGGGACAAAUGGGCCUGCCUUCGUCGCUGCUACGAAGACGGCUGUCCCUCGACCAGACAAUGGUGACAAGAAUGUGGAGGCCUCCGCGGCAAACGCAGACGAGAUACAUAUUUCGGACGAUGAAGAUUAG